AAAAAAAACCAUUUCGCGUCACUAUACAGAGACGAAACUGAACUCCAGAACCUUGAUUAUGUUAAUCCGUAAAUUCGUUCUCCUCUGACCAAUACCUUCUGAAUAGGGAGGAUUAAUAUUUGUCAACCCUUGCAAGGGUUUUCCUCGUGAUUUCAACCGAAUGACGGCCCGUGAUGAUGCAGAUCCUGAUUUCCUCUCUGCGCCAGAAGUUGGCGGGCUCUCGUCGAAUGCUUUCAUUGGUGCAAAAUGGCCGAACAGAGUCAAGGUUUACGGAUGUCACCUCAUGGCUUCCUGGGGCGACAGAAUGUGGACAUUCGCCAUUGGAGUUUACAUGAUGAAGUUGUAUCCGAAUUCCCUGAAACUUACAGCGAUUUACGGAAUAACAGUAGCGGUGUCCGUGCUAGUUUUUGGCAGUUUCAUCGGCGCCUGGAUAGACAGAACUUGUCGCAUUCGAGGUCGUACCGCGAAGACUGCACUGCUCGUGCAGAACAGCAGCGUGGCUCUGUGCGCUUUGCUCUUGGUAGUUGUCAGCACGUUCGGAGAAGCAUUGCUGACAUCACUUGGUGCGUGGGAGGACCAAUUCGAACAAGGUCUCAUAAUCUUAGUAGCAGGUUACAACUCGGUUCUGCGGGCGAUUGACCUGGGCUCCAACAUCCUUGCCCCGGGUGUCGUCGGCUUCCUGAUGAGCUGGAUGUCUUCCACCACGGCAGCCGUUUUCCUCUGCGUCUGGAACGUCAUUUCCAUGGUUCUGGAAUACUUCUUGCUCACCAAUAUUUACACCACGUUUCCGGACUUGGCCAUGAAAACCGAGGUGUCUGGAGACAGUGUCUUGAACGAUGUGCCUGAUGGCGUCGUGGAUUGCCGUGUUGAAGUUCCAAGAAAGCAGAAGGAAGGUAUGGGGAAGUGGAUAAAAAACGCCGUUUUUGCCUGGGUGAUUUAUUUCCGACAUGAAGUGUUCGCUGCUGGUUUCGGAUUGGCAUUAUUGUACAUGACCGUGUUGGGCUUUGACCUCGUCACGACAGCAUAUGCCUAUUCUCAAGGAGUUCCUCCUUGGCUCCUGGGUUUGUUGACUGGACUAGGAGCUUUGAAUGGCAUGAUUGGGGCUCUUAGUUUCCCCUGGCUCUGUUCUCGCUUGGGACUGAGAAGCACCGGGGUUUUGGGGUUCUCCCUGGAAGCGAUCAUGCUCACGUUUUCCGUCAUUUCCAUAGGGUUGCCGGGAUCUCCUUACCUACAAUUGCCUUCAGAAGGAAAGUCGCCACACGGCAACUGGACUCUGGCCGGACUCGACCUGACGCUCGAUUCCAGGGCGAAUAUCUGCGACACCUGCGGCGUCGUCGUGUUCAAUGAAACGUCAGCAGAAACGGCGGCAGCUGUGGGCUCAUUUCGCAACCCCGGCGGCGCCGCAGGGCCGCCUCUGGACGACCCGGAGACUCGGAAAAUAUUGGCAAUAUUGCGACACCUGGAAAAUGUCACGUAUUCCGACAACAGCCGGAGUUUGAGGGCCGAGAACCGAGGGACUAAUUUCUCCAUCGUCGCCUUCCUCGGGGGCAUCAUUGCUGCGCGAUUCGGAUUAUGGGUAGCGGAUCUCACGGUGACCCAAGUGAUUCAAGAAAAUGUCCGAGAAGAUCAACGAGGCAUCAUCAACGGGGUUCAAACAUCAAUGAAUCAAUUGCUGGAUCUAAUAAAAUUCCUCUUGGUAGUCAUGAUCCCGGAAACGGAAAAUUUCGCCUACUUGAUAGUCGCGUCCUACUCUUGGGUAUCGUUCAUGCUUUACUGUCUGAGAACCACUAAAGAAGACAGGGAACGCUUCGAGUCACGAGCUGUUGAUCGAAAAGAAGAACAACAGACAGAAAGUGAAGCGGAAAGCAGUGAGCAGAAAGCGGAUUCUUCUACUCGACAGUCCGUCGUUUGAAACGUGUUUGUAAAAAGUUUUCUUGAGUGUUCUCAUAUUCAUCUGUUUCUUGUUCUAUUUUUUCAAAAGACCUGCAUUUUUCUUUCGAAUUUAUAUCUUCUGAAAACAUACCAGAGAAAACUGAAUACGGAGUGAAAUUGU